AGAAAGAGACAGGUGCGACCUGCGACUAACAGCCAGCGAAGCAUUCGGAGCCUCUGACAGGAUGUUAGACUUCAGGAGCGUUCUGUGGUCUCGUCAGCGGGGCAGAACACAGAACCGAACCGAGUGACGCUCUGGGUCUGGACCCAGCAGGUCUUGCCGGCUGCUGUGCUAAAUUAUUGACCACGCUCCUGGAGAGGAGCAAAGAAAAAAAAAAAGAAGAAGAAAUAAUGAGGAGGACAGCAGUGAUGGUUUGGAUAAGCCUUUUGGUGCAAGUGUCCCAUGGUGCUCAGGGGCAUUAUGCCCACAAGCUGCUGAAUGACCUGAUGGAGGACUACUCCAACGCUCUGAGGCCUGUGGAGGACACAGACAAGGCCCUCAAUGUCUCCCUUCAGAUCACGCUGUCACAGAUCAAAGACAUGGACGAAAGGAACCAGGUGCUCACCACCUACCUGUGGAUAAGACAGGUCUGGUAUGAUGCCUACCUGAAGUGGGACAAGGAGGGCUACGACGACUUAGAGAUGAUUAACAUCCCCAGUGAUCUGGUUUGGAAACCGGACAUUGUUCUCUACAACAAAGCAGACGAGGAGUCCUCUGAGUCGCCCAGCACUAAUGUGAAGCUGCGUUAUAACGGCGAGAUUGUGUGGGACUCUCCGGCCAUCACAAAGAGCUCAUGUGUGGUGGACGUGUCCUACUUCCCCUUUGACUGGCAGUCGUGCAAUCUUACCUUUGGCUCCUGGACCUACAAUGGCAACCAGCUGGACAUCAGUCUGGGCAUGGACAGCGGCGACUUGUCCGACUUUGUGGAGAACGUGGAGUGGGAGUGUCACGGCAUGCCCGCGGUCAGGAAUGUCAUGAUGUACGGAUGCUGCUCGGACCCGUACACAGAAAUCACCUACACCCUGCUCCUGAAGCGCCGCUCCUCCUUCUACAUCUUCAACCUGCUCCUGCCCUGCUUCCUGAUCUCCUUCCUGGCCCCUCUGGGAUUCUACUUGCCAGCCGACUCGGGAGAGAAGGUUUCCCUGGGGGUCACCGUGCUGCUGGCGCUCACCGUCUUCCAACUGCUGGUGGCUGAGAGCAUGCCUCCUGCAGAAAGCAUGCCCUACAUAGGGAAGUACUACAUCGCCACCAUGACUAUGAUCACAGCUUCCACGUCCCUCACCAUCUUCAUCAUGAACAUCCAUUUCUGCGGUGCAGAAGCCAAACCCGUUCCCCACUGGGCAAAGGUGCUAAUCAUCGACUACAUGUCGAAAAUCUUUUUUGUCUAUGAAGUGGGGGAAAACUGCAUGACCCCCGAGAGCGAGAGGACCCCGCUUUACCCAGAGGAACCCAUGGGUGACAAGGGUUGCUACUAUGAUGACGGCUGCCAGAACGGCUUCUACCCUCACGACAGCGACCCGUACAAGUACAGCAAUGGCCAAGCUGCUCAUCCUCACGGCAAGCAUUACAGAGGCCAAGCGAAUGGCAACGCCAAUGGUGGAUAUCACUAUUAUAACAACCACAGCAACCACGCUUUCAAACCGGAGAGAGGCGGCAUGAAACAAGAGCCCACACAACGCUACCAUCACAUCCGACAGGACGAACUGGACUACCAGGCUCCUCCGCACCCCGCAAACCUUCAUCAGCUUAAGGAGAAAAAUCUCUACGCCUCAGAAGAAAUUCAGCUCCCUUCGUGUCCCUGCUGCUGCCCCUGCCUCCGACACAAACAGGUGGUGAACAACAUCCAGUACAUAGCCAACUGCUUCAGGGAGCAGCGAGCCACCUGCGCCAAGGUAGCCGAGUGGAAGAAAGUCGCCAAGGUAAUGGAUCGAUUUUUCAUGUGGAUCUUCUUCGUCAUGGUUUUCCUCAUGAGCAUCCUCAUCAUUGCCAAGGCGUCCUGACCGAGACCUUACGGUCAGCGAUCCCCUCCAGCGCUGUUACCGCUUUCAGCGACGUCGACGUCAGACGGGACGGCGUUGUUCUUAAAAAGACAGUGUGUGCGUGUACGUGAGGGUUGUCGUGAAGAUGUGUUUUUUUUUCACUCUCAUCGUGUUGCUCCGCGUCGUUUUAACCACUCACUUCACCUAAAACCUCCUCCGGGUGGUUAAAGUCAGGUGAGCUUGCAUGUGUCACUACGCGCCGGAGUAGUAAGACAAUCCCGGGCCUUGCCUUGAACAUGCGUGGACUCUGCAUUAUUGACAAGCUGACAGUCAGUUAUCUAGAUAUAGGCAUUAUGUUUCUGACAUUAAAGAACCAGAUGCUGUUUCCAGCUUUGCUUUGUGUAUUUUGAAAAGGCGCCAGUGGAAUAAUUUUCAAUUUUACGUAACGAAUGCUGCAUGAGCUGUGUGCAUGAUCUGAAAAGGAGGAGAGGUCACCGAGGGAGUCUCAGUUUUUGUUGAAAGACUGAACAAAGCAGAGGUGUGAAUAAUUAUUGGUUGCAAUGAAAUUUAAGAUUCACACUAGUUGAUAUUUUCACAAAGUUCUAAGUUAUAACUCUGUAUUGAAACCUACCUCCCAGUCCUUAGACAUUUUACUUUUGGAUAAACUUUUGUAAAUGGUUAGUUAAAUCAAAAACUAAGGUCUGAUAUUAUUCUAUAAAAAAAAACACUUGAAUUCAAGUUGGCAUUCAAGCCAGGAGAGAAAACCCACUGGUGAC